AUGUCUGCACUUAACACCAUCAAAUUCUACCUCAAGUCCGUAGUAUUUGGAUCCGUCAUUGCCGGAUGUGCUAUUUAUGGAAUAUUUGCAUCGCUUAUAUUGCGAAUUAUCAACAAGUUAGAAUACGCUCAAUUCACCGUUGCUAGAGCGUUCUAUUAUGGCCUUGGUACUACCCUUGGCUUAAAGAUCAACAUCAAGAAUGAACACUACUUAAGAGGUUUACCUGCAAUCUGUGUAUCUAAUCACCAGUCUGCAUUAGAUGUUUAUAUCUUGGGAAGAAUUUUCCAACCGGGGUAUACUGUCACCAGUAAAUCUUCAUUGAAGUAUGUUCCUUUCUUAGGUUGGUUCAUGUCCUUAUCAGGAACUUUCUUCUUGGAUAGAAAGAAGGGAGCUAAGGCCAAGGCUGUAUUGGAAGGUGCAUUGAAUGAUUUGAAGCGUGAAAAGAAGGCUUUGUUUAUCUUCCCUGAAGGUACUAGGUCUGCCACCACCGAGUUAGAAAUGUUACCUUUCAAAAAGGGUGCUUUCCAUUUGGCUAAGGAUGCUGGAAUUCCAAUCAUUCCUGUCGUUGUUUCAAAUACUUCUACCUUGUUCAGCUCUAAGAAAAAGACCUUUAGAGGUGGGGAAAUCACUAUUGAAGUGUUACCACCUGUUCCAACCACUGAUGUCAAGACUCAUGAUGAUGUCACUAAACUUGUCAACAAAGUUAGAGAUGAUAUGGUGAGCACACUCAAGAGAAUUGGUUAUUCAAAACCAAGCGGUGGCGAAGAAGAAGAUGAUGAUGAAGAAGUUGAUUCUGAUAUCUCAAGCAUUGAUACUAAAUUCGAUGUGAUACCUCCAGCUAAAAUAAUAGUAGAAGCUGAUUAA